AUGGAACAAGAGAUGGCAGACAUAGAGGCACAAACGCAAGCAACAGACCAAGAAACCACCACCAUCUUCAAGAAAGCUAAUCGUCCUGUUACGCUAAAGGUACGUUGUGGUGGAGAAAGGGUUUUUGUGGAGAUUAUAAAAUGGUUUGAGGACGUAGUUUACACGGUUACAAUGAAGAAAGAAGGGUGCCUGAAGAAGAAAUCGAAAUCCGAAGAGAAAAUAAUAUUGAAGGGAAUCUCAGGAUUGGUGCUACCUGGAGAGAUGUUGGCCAUGCUUGGCCCUUCAGGCAGUGGCAAAACAACUCUCCUAACAGCAUUGGGAGGCCGACUCAGCGGCCGACUUGGUGGCACCACCACUUACAAUGCCAAGCCCUUUUCAAACAUCAUGAAGCGUAAUACAGGCUUUGUCACACAAGAUGAUGUUCUCUACCCUCACCUGACUGUGACAGAAACACUGGUUUUCACUGCUCUUCUUCGGUUGCCUAAAAGUUUCAGUAAAGAAGAAAAGAUCAGGCACUCUGAAGCUGUGAUAACUCAACUUGGAUUGACUAGGUGUAAGAACAGCAUUAUAGGUGGUCCUUUUCUGAGAGGCGUUUCCGGGGGUGAGCGUAAAAGAGUCAGUAUUGGGCAAGAAAUGUUGAUAAAUCCAAGCCUGCUUUUCUUGGAUGAACCCACAUCUGGCCUUGAUUCUACAACUGCUCAACGGAUUGUUUCGACGUUAUGGGAGCUUGCUAAUGGAGGAAGAACAGUUGUGAUGACAAUACACCAGCCCUCGAGCAGGCUUUUUUACAUGUUCCAUAAGGUUUUACUGUUAUCUGAAGGUAAUCCUUUGUAUUUUGGGAAGGGAGCAGAGGUCAUGGAUUACUUCUCAAGCAUUGGAUUCGUUCCAUCGGUUGCCAUGAAUCCCUCUGAUUUCUUGUUAGAUCUUGCAAAUGGUGUUACAUCAGAUGAUUCACGGGUUGAUCGUCAAACUGUAAUCAAGCAGAGUUUGGUUUCUGCUUUUAAGACCAGUCUGGCUGCGAAUUUGAAGGCAGAACUGCAAGCAAUUGACUGUAAGCUCCAAGAUCAAGGAUUAGAAGAAAAGCAGUUUGCACGGUGGACCACAACGUGGUGGGAACAGUUUUCAGUACUGUUAAGAAGAGGGGUGAAAGAAAGAAAGCACGAGUCUUUCUCUGGGCUUAAGAUUGGUCAGGUGUUGGUGGUAGCUUUCCUAUCGGGAUUACUAUGGUGGCAAUCUGAUGUCACUCACUUACAAGAUCAGAUAGGGCUUCUCUUCUUCUACUCUGGGUUUUGGGGAUUCUUCCCUCUGUUCCAAGCUAUUUUUACUUUCCCUCAAGAACGCAUGAUGCUUGAAAAGGAGAGGUCUUCUGGCAUGUAUAGGCUCUCCUCGUAUUUUAUGGCAAGAACUAUCGGUGACCUUCCCAUGGAGCUUGUCCUUCCCACAGUUUUUGUUACCAUAACCUAUUGGAUGGCAGGCCUCAAUCCCACAGCCGAAAACUUCUUGUACACCUUACUUGCUCUCUUAUACAGUGUAUUAGUUUCUCAAGGCCUAGGACUCGCCCUCGGUGCUCUGGUGAUGGACCAAAAAUCGGCUACUAUACUCGGAUCAGUCAUCAUGCUUUCCUUCCUUCUAGCCGGUGGGUACUAUGUUCAACAUGUUCCUCCCUUCAUAUCCUGGAUCAAGUACAUAUCUAUCAGCCAGUAUACAUACAAGCUCUUGUUGGGGUCUCAGUACGACUCCGGUGACACUUAUCGAUGUGGUAGCAAUGCCACUUGUUUGGUUGAGGACUUCCCUUCAAUAAAGGCUGUCGGGCUCAACGAGAAAACCCUCUCGGUGGUUGCUUUGGCCCUAAUGCUGGUAGGUUACCGGCUCAUGGCUUAUAUCGCUCUCAUGAGGAUUGGAGUGACAAGAAAAUAG